CGCCUCUCCGCCCUGACCUCCGCCGCCCGGACUCACACCCUCACCCCGCUACCAGCGCUGCUGCUGCCCGCCAACCACCACCACCACCACAGAUCAUGGCUGUAAAUCUGGGAGUUUGUGUGGAGCGGAGCUCUGAGCGUUAGUUUAGUUUUAGUACCGUGGCGCUGCCGCUCCGCCGCCUCUCCGCCCUGACCUCCGCCGCCCGGACUCACACCCUCACCCCGCUACCAGCGCUGCUGCUGCCCGCCAACCACCACCACCACCACAGGUACCACUACCAUAGCAACACCACAGGUCAGGGAAAGGCUGUAAGGAAAUGGCGGAGGGAGGGAUCGUAGAGGGUACGGAGAGGCUGAUGGCGGAAGGUGAGAGCUCCUGCAGUCCAGGUGAUUCCUCCACCUGUGUGGAGAGGAAGCGCGAGAGCAGCUCCUCACGUAAAAGCUUCCAUUUAAACUACAGACACGAGGAAGAGGUGACCCACUCGAGCCGGGACUCCAGCGGGAGGUUUAUUAACCCCUGGCCCACGUGGCAGUUCCCGUCCUACACCACCGUCCUGCGGCUCUUCCUCACCGAGAAGAACCACAGCAACGUUCCCAGCUCCAAACAGGCUCUGGAUAAGGAGCUGCCGGUUCUGGAGCCGUACUUCGUACAGAACCCGGAGCAGUGUGGGCGCGUGAGCUCGUCUCUGAGGGUGACGUGGCUGGGUCACGCCACCGUUCUGCUGGAGAUGGACGGACUCGUGGUGCUUACCGACCCGAUCUUCAGCCAGAGAGCCUCCCCCGUGCCCUUCCUCGGCCCCAAGCGGUACCGGGGCCCGGCGUGCACCGUGGCGCAGCUCCCCCGCGUGGACGCCGUGCUCAUCAGUCACACGCACUACGAUCACCUGGACGUGGACUCAGUGACGGCGCUGAACUCGCGGUUCGGUGCAGAACUCCGCUGGUUCGUUCCUCUCGGGCUGCUGGACUGGAUGAGGAAGAACGGUUGUGAGAACGUGAUCGAGCUGGACUGGUGGGAGGAGAACUGCGUCCCCGGACACGACGACAUCACCUUCGUGUGCACGCCGGCGCAGCACUGGUGCAAGCGCACGCCUACAGACGACAACCGGGCGCUGUGGGGCAGCUGGAGCGUGCUGGGACCCAGCCAUCGAUUCUUCUUCGCAGGAGAUACGGGGUAUUGUCCUGUGUUCCAGGAGAUCGGGAAACGCUUCGGCCCCUUUGACCUGGCAGCCAUCCCUAUUGGAGCGUACCUGCCCAGAGGUAUUAUGAAGUCUCAGCAUGUGGACCCAGAGGAGGCGGUUCAGAUCCACAUUGAUGUUCAGGCUAAAAACUCAGUGGCGAUUCACUGGGGGACGUUUGCUCUGGCGUAUGAGUAUUAUCUAGAACCUCCAGUAAGGGUGCGGGAAGCCAUGGUGGCUCAUGGACUGAACCCAGAUCAGUUCUUCACCCUCAACCACGGAGAGUCUCGACUGCUCACCCAGGAUGAAGUCUUCCACUGAUAAAACAAAUACGCUUGUUUCCAAAGAAAUACAGUCACUGUGUUCUGGAUCUGUAAAAUAGGUGUGAAAUGGAUUUAAACCACUUUUAUCUUUGCUAAAAAGAGAGAGCACUUGCUUUUCUGCUGGUGUUUUUCACUGGAUCUGUGAUUCUCUGGUAGAUUCCAGUGGUAGUCCAAAUUCAACGUUCCUUUCAAUCAACAAAUGUGCUGUUUUUUUAAGCUUUUAAAUGAUAAAUAUUUAAACACGUGUCUGGAUUGAUGGUGUCAGUAGUACUAAAAAUAUAUCUCGCAGGUUCUGUGUUCAGCUGACACUGAUAAGUGAUUAUAGGGGCAGUAAGGUAAUGAUUGUUAUUACAGAACAGCUAGAAUCUGUUAAAGUGCCUCUAAAAAAAGCCUGUUGGCUAAAUCUGAACUGAGCUCCAAUGUUUUUUUUUUUUUUUUUUUUACCUUAGAAUGUAAUGCUGUGCACCUAAAAAAAUAAAAAAUCAAGGUUUAAUGGGAAUAAAUCAGUCAAAUAAUAUCACAAAAAAAAUAAAAAUGUUACAGUCCUGACAAAGCACUUAAAAUGGGCGCAAAUUGGUCAAAUAAGAAUUUAGUACAGUGGUCCUAAAGCACUUAAAUUGUAUGUAAUUGAAUUGGAAAGUAGUGUAGUGGGUAUAAAUUAGUCAAAUAUGAAUGUAGUACAGUGGUCCCAGGUCACAAAAAAAUUAUUACAGUGCUCCUAAAUCACUUUUAAUGGGCCUAAAUUGGUCAAAUAAGAAUUUACUACAAAUUAAAUCAAUUAAUUAAAAUUUAAAUGUAGUAAAGUGGGCAUAAAUCAGUCAAAUAUGAAUGUAGUAUGGUGUUCAUAGACUUGUGGUACACAAAAUUUAGAAUAUAAAGCACUUAAAAAUGCAAUAUAUUAAACUAGGCAUAAAUACAUGACUAAAAUGUAUGUAAACUAUACAUACAUCUAAACUAUACAUGCAUAAAGCACUGAAAUUAGAAUUCUAGUACAGUGGGCCUAAAGCAUUAAUAUGGAAAUCUAGUAUAGUGGCUACAAAUAGCAAAUACAGAGUAAUACAGUAUAUAAUACUGUGGGCCUCACUGAAUAAAGUGGGAGUUUAGUAAAGUGAAUUUAAAACAUAUAAAAUAAAGCUGCACCUUGUACAAUUUACAUAAAUGGCAAAUAAUUAAAAAAUUAAGACUUAAGGAAUAAAAUGGAAGUAUAGCAUAAUAGCCAUGAAUCAUUCAAAUAAAACUGUAGUACAGAGGGUAUAUUGGCAAAUAUAUAAUAUAUAAUACAGUGGGACUUAAGGACAAAAAUGGCUAAAAUGGGAAUAUAGUACAAUAGGCCUAAUGGUUAAAUUGAAUGUAAUUCACAGCAUCCCUAAAGAACUAAAAAGGGAAUGUAAUAGAGUGGGCCUUAAGGACUUAAUUUGGAUUUAAAUAAAAUGAUAAUAUAUUACAGGAGGCCUAAAGGACUAAAAUGGGAAUAUAAUACAAAGGACUCUAAAGGACUAAAGUAGGUCUAAAUUAUGUAACUUGAAUUUUAGGACAGCAUCCCUAAAGUAUAACAAUGGGAAUGUAGUACAGUGGGCCUAAUAGCAAAAAAAAAGAAAUAAAAAUAAAAUAAAAUAGUGAGACUAAAGGACUUAACUUGGAUUGAAUGACCGUGCUCAAAGCACCCACAUUUUCAGAAUGAAAAUAAGUUAUUUUACUGCAGAAAAAAAGAGCUUUGUAUCACCUACACCUGUAGCCUUUAUACGGAACAAGGCAUUUUAAAAGGUUAAAGAGGCUAAAAUUGUAAAAAAUGUUGGGAAUUUAGUGCAGUGGGCCUAAUAGCAAAAAAAGAAAAUAAAAGAAAACUGUGGGUCUAAAUGACUAAAAUCUGUAGUCAGUCCAGCAGGGGUAAAGCACUGUAAUGGGAAUAAUCAGGGUAAGAAUGUAGAUCUGUAUCUGAAUCAUUACAGCAGUACAGGGAUAUACUGUAUAAUAUCAUUUUGUGAAAGAACUCGGGUUUACAUUUUCUACAUUAGAACCAAAACACCAAAAAAACAAAAAAAACAAACAAAUGCCAAAAUAGGUGAACAGAUGGAGCCAGUUUACAGACACAGAUAUUCAAAUAAAAAGAAUUUUCCAUAAUUGUUCCAAAGAGCAGCACUAAAGUCACUGAGGGGUCUGAUGGUGUGAUCUUUGCACUGAUUGUUUUAGCUAUCUAGGCCUGUCACAAUAACAAUAUUUGUCGAACAGUAUGUUAUCCCAGAAAUUAUUGUGUUAAAUAAUAUUAUUGCCAUUUUUACACAGUUAAAUGCCACUAAUAUAAUGAUAACCUAGUAUCACAACAAACAAAUAAUACCCUUUUAAAGACAAUGAUUUUUUAAAUUUGAUAAAAACAAUAACACGAUUACUAAAAUGUACAAUAUAUUGUACGAUAAGUCGAUAAUAUAAUUAUUGUGACAGGCCUAUUGCUAUCAGAUUUAUUUACAGUUAAGCUCUGCAGUAUAUCUGGGUGCUGGGUUUUUAGUAACCUGCCUUUGUUCAGUUCAUUUUGCAGUAGCUGGAAUUAUUUAUUUUAAACCUAUUUAAUCAACUAUUUAAUGAAUGUAACUAAUGCUGAAUGAUUUAGUUUUACAUUUUUGUUGAAAAAUAUAUAUAAAUAACACCAAAUCUUCCACAGUAAACUGUAUUGUCUCUGCAGCUUGCUUUAUUAUUGUUAAAAGCAUGAAUGUAAAUUGCCAAAAUAAAACAUAACCAUCAUACCUCUCCAUGGUAUACUGACGAGA